GUUUCUCGUAGCAGGAACAUGCUCGUUCCGCAGUUCGAGUGAUUCCGCGGUCGAGUGAUUGGCCAAGACACGGCUAUUUGUUCACGUCCCACUCCUCUACGCACUAACACGAGCAACCCAUCUCCAACCAUGAGGCCCAAGAACGUCCGUCUCGACGCCCUACCCUCCAACCGAGAGGUGUCAUCUAAAGACUGCCGCCUAUGCACCAAACGCCGCAUCCGAUGUGACCGCACCCUCCCGGAGUGCCGGAAAUGCACCAGCCGCGAGCUAUCGUGCCCCGGCUUCGACCCCGUUCCGCUAAGAUGGGGCCAGGGCGUGGCGAGCAGGGGGAAGCUGUCUGGUAGAGUCAUCCCUGUCCUGCCGCCCAAGGAUGCGGCUGGGCCGCGGAGCGAAUCUGGCGUUGAGGAAGUCGAUUCUUCUGUGGAGAGACGGGAGUAUGACGUCCGUCCUGUGGCUCCAGACUUCUCCACGCUUACUCCGUAUCUGAUGCAAGAAUUGGGCCUCGUCGGUCACUAUCUUUCGACUGCUUCCGUGGACAACUUGCUCAACCACUUUUGCAACGCAAUUACCCCCAUGUUAAUAUGGCUAGACGGGCCUCACAACGCCUGGCGAAACAGCAUUCCCAGUCUGGCAAGAGACUCGGACUGUCUUCGACUGUCCAUCAUGGGCCUUGCUGCCGCUCAUCUGUCCGUCAAAUGUGCGGGCAACAACAACAAAGCCGUCCUUCUCCAUUUCAACCGCAGCCUACGGGACGCAAGUCUUCGAGACCUGAACCAUAAGAUGAGCUUAGAACUGAACCGCGACAACUCGGUCGCCCAACGAAAUGAUGGAGGCGCAAGCGUGGCGGAAAUCCUCGCCACGAUGCUCCUGCUAUGCUUUGCCGAGAUGUUGACGCCCGAGUCAACGGACUGGAGUCUUCACCUCCGCGCAUGUCGCGCUUUUGUAAACCGACACACCCUACAAACGCCGCGAGAAGAGCCCCAAGACUCGCUUGUCUGGUUUCUAUUCAAGGAAACGCUCGAUCUCGAGGCGUAUGCCAAUAUUUCGUCCUUUGCAAGAACCCCACAGCUGGUUCUGAAACCGUCCUCACACUCGAUGCCCCUUGGGUAUUUCUGGAUGUUUACGGACCUAUUACACGACAUCACCAGGGUAGAGAGGCAACUCUACGAGCUUGAACAGGGGGGCGCCCAGCUACCGAAUACAGACAUGGAUGUCUGGAAAUCGAAGCUUGACGUUGCUCAUAGCACGGCCUCUGCUUGUAUCUGCUUGGUGUUGGACCCGGGAGACAGCAGACGAAACUCCUUUGACGCCAUUAUGCGAACUCACUACUACGCCGGCCUCAUCUACUGCCACCAAGCCCUUGACCGCACUGGCGCGUCGGCAGCGAGCACAGCAGCAUCUGUCGAUUACCUGUUUCACGAGAUUCAUGGCGUCACAAGUAUAUUUUCACAGUGCACUGUGUUCUGCCACGACCUCUUCUUCCCGCUCUUCGUUGCAGGCACGGAAUGCCGCGGGGACCCGCAUCGGCAACGCAUUGUGCAAAGGCUUUUUGAAUCGAGCAUCUCGACGACUGGAUUGUGGUGCAAUAAUGGAGGGCUUACGUUUCUACAGAAUUUCUGGGCGGCUUCAGGCGAAUUUUCGGGAAAUUGGAUCAGUUUUGCCAGAGAAAACGAGUCGCAGAUUAGCCCGUUUCUCAUCUUCUGAGGCUGGGCCAUUCCGACAUCCGGUAGCGGAAUGUUGUCAUUGUACUGGGUUCAUCAUAACUAGCCAUCUAAUCGUAACUCCAGUGACUCACAUGAAGCUGAAAUUCCAUGGCCUGAAUGCGGUAGGUCGGGCGAGAAACUAAGGCGUGAUGGAGCAAACGCUUCAUCGUCACCGCGCCUAGACUCGUGGUUUUUUUCACCCUUUACUUUGACGGCGGGGUGGGAAUAAAAAUCGCAAGC